AUGGCAAACUUGUUCAACAGCGCGCGCACCGCAUUCCGCGCCGCCGUCAACGGCUCGGCCGCUUCGGUCCGAAAUGCCUCAACACAGGCCGGCACCAACGCCUCGCAGUCGUUCCUGACUUCGCGAUCGUCGGCCAUUGCCGCCACCGCCGUCGCAGCCGGCUCGGUUGCAUGGUACAACCACCUCUACGGCACCAUCCCCUUCUUGGACACCGCCAGCGCCAACAUGGCCGACGAGGGUCUCCACCCACCCAAGUACCCCUGGUCGCACUCUGGUAUCUUUGAGACUUUCGACCACGCUUCGAUCCGACGUGGAUACCAGGUCUACCGCGAGGUCUGCUCGUCGUGCCACUCGCUUGACCGCAUUGCUUGGCGCAACCUGGUCGGCUCGUCGCACACCGUUGACGAGGUCAAGGCCAUGGCCGAGGAGGUCGAGUAUGAGGACGGUCCUGAUGACGAGGGCUCCAUGUUCCAGCGUCCCGGUAAGCUCGCCGACUACAUGCCCCGUCCUUAUGCCAACGACGAGGCUGCCCGUGCUGCCAACGCCGGUGCACUGCCCCCUGAUCUCAGCUUGAUGGUCAAGGCGCGUCACGGCGGUGCCGACUACAUCUUUGCCCUGCUCACCGGCUACACCGAUCCCCCCGCAGGUGUCAAGGUUCAGGACGGUUUGAACUACAACUCGUACUUCCCCGGUACUCAGAUUGCCAUGGCCCGUGUACUCUACGACGGUCUGGUUGACUACGAUGACGGCACGCCCGCGACCACCUCGCAGAUGGCCAAGGAUGUUGUGACCUUCCUCCACUUCUGCGCCGAGCCCGAGCACGACCUGAGGAAGAAGAUGGGCAUGCAGGCCGUUAUCAUCCUCUCGUCAUUGACUGCACUCUCCAUCUGGGUCAAGCGCUUCAAGUGGGCCGGUAUCAAGAGCCGAAAGAUCAUCUACAACCCUCCUUCCAGUCACUGA